AUGUCGUUCUUAGAAGCGCGCCAGGCCCUCGAUAGGUCGCUCGCGUCGCCUGCGUGGACGGAUCGCGAUGCCGUCACGGCCGCUGUCAGGCGGCAUCUGGUAGCGGAUUGCGAGGAGCAAAAUGGCAGCACCACUCCCGGCGCAAGCAGCAACAUUCUCGGGGAAUCCAAUAAGGGGAACAUUGCUCCAAACUCCAACGCUGGCGACGAUGCUGCGGGGAAGCCAGCGCGUUGCGCGCGCUUCUCGGAGAAAAUGGUCGAGGCGCGAACGCGCGAGUUAAUCGACGUGCUGGACAGCCUGCGCACCGCGGGAGAGGCGAAUCUCGAGUCGCUCGCGCUGAGCAGCGAGAGCAUUCGAGAAGACGGCGUGGAUUGCGGCGACGACCGACAAUGGCGGUUGAAGGAGGAGGGCAAGGAGCAUCGCGUGCUGUACCGCAAGGGUCCGGAGGGCACGCCGCUGCACGAGAUCUGCCUGGAAGGAAUCAUUCACGGCCCUCUUGACACCUUGUUGGCUGUUGUCUGGGAGGUCCCCUUUUUCAAGGACUGGUGGCCUCAGUUCAGCGUGCCGCCCUUCAAGGUGCUAGAGUCCAAAUUCGCCCACCGCAUUGCACCAGGCCUAGAGCUCAGCUACCUGCAGUUCAGGUCGCCGUGGCCCUUUGCGACGCGAGAGCUCCUCUUUUUCGCCUUCAUGGUUCACGACACAGCCACCGGCCUCUUUGUUGCUUCCGUGCACUCGCCACCUGACGACAUAUCACACAUGGACCCCGAGACAGCACCUCUGCACCCCUCCGCCAUCCCCCCUGUGGCGUCGGGUUGUGUGCGCAUGACUGUGGGCGGCGGAUUCGCAGGCCAGGACCUGGGGGGCGGCCGCUGCUAUUUCCGCGGUGCAUGCACGCUGGAUAUGAAGUUCGACCUCAUGCCCCCGUGGCUCAUCAAUUUCGUCGCCAGGCAACUAGCCGGCUCUGGUUUCCACCUGCUCUGCCACGAGGUAGACACAAUCGUUAAAGCCACAGCUGCUACUGCUGCAGCCGGUGGUGUGAAAUCACUGAAAUGUGACAAGAAGAAGGGGCGCGGGGCGUUUCAGCAGCUCUUGGCCUCAGACCCGGUCUACGUGGAGGUGGCUCUGCUACAGCUGGAGGCAGCCGCUGCUUCGGCUGUAGCGCUGGCUCGGCCUUCCGCCGAACCUCUCGGUUCGCAGGCUAGGGACAGCGUAGGACGCGAGGGAAGCCGUUUUAACAUAACUACGAAAGAAAGCCAAGCCAUGGCACUAGCGGAAGGCAUCGACCUCCUCGAUCAGGCUCUGGAGGAGCCCACAUGGAAGGACCUCGAUAAAGUCACGGCUCUUAUAAGCAAGCAGCUCGACGUGAAAAACGGCUCAGCUGCUGUAGCAGCAGGUGGAUCGAGCAACAGCGUGGCGGACUAUUGGGCUGCGGAGACCGUUAAGCUCCUGGAGGAUCUUAAGAGUGUCAGCGUGGAGGCUCUCGCUACUACCGACCCUGAUGACCGCAAUGCGUGGAAGAUGUGCGAGGAGGGUCCGGAGCACCGCGCGAUGCUGCGCAAGGGCCCGGAGGGCACGGCGAUAAACGCGCUGUGCAUGGAGGGACGCAUCGACAGCCCCGUGCACGCCGCCGUGGCCAUGACGCGCGACGCGGGGUUCUUCAAGGAGUGGUGGCCGCAGGGCGACAUGCCCGUCUACCGCAUCGUCGAGAACCGUUACCUCGCGCGCGUCGGCGACGGCUUCGAUAUUACGUACAUGAAGUUCAAGGUGCCGUGGCCGUUCCCGUGGCAGGAAUUCGCGAUGAUAUUUUUCACCAUCUAUGACUCGGACACGGGCGUCGCCACCACUGUCGUCCGCACGCUUCCGGAGGACAACAGCGAAAUCGACGCGUCCAUUCACGGUUUCUCCCGCGACAUGGCGCCGCCAGUCCCCGCGGGAAUGGUUCGUAUGGCCAUCAACGGCGGAUUCUCCAUCAAAGAUCUGGGCCGUUCACGCUGCCACUUCCGGUCGAUCUUCACCUGUGAUCUGAAGCUCCCAGCGAUGGUGGUGAACUUCGUUACCAAGGAGUUCGGAGGGGUGCUGUUUAAUUUGUUUCGGAAGGAGGUGGAGACGGAUUUGGCAGAUGAGGGGCAGAAGGGGGUGGAGUUUCGGAAGGUUCUGAAGGAGGAGAAGCUGUAUGGGCGGAUUGAGGCAGCUAUGGAUGAGUACAGGGCAAAGGCGGCCGGAGGAUUGGGGAUGGGUGAGAAUGGGUUGGGAGAGACGGGGGUGGAGGGAGAGGAAGGUGAGGAGGUGGAGGAGGAAAAGAAGGUGUUGGUUGCUACGGCGUCGUUUGUUGAGGGAGCAGCUUCUGGGGAGGCGCACAGACCUGCAAUGGCAGCUGCAUCAGCAGCAUCAGCAAACCAAACAACCGUUGUGCCAGCAGGAGCGACAGCGACAGUGACUCGUGCGGAUGACAGGGAGGAGGAGGAGGAGGAGGAGGAGGAGGUGUUUGAGGAUGCAGAGGAUCAGCUCCUGGUUACCCUGGAAGACUCAGACACUGCUGCUUACCCCCAGCAGAAGCACCACCAGCACCCUCAUCCCCCUGUUCCGCCUGCAUACGCGCCCUUCUCAUCCCAAGACCCGGCUAUUGCUGCAGCCUUUGCAGCAGCAGCCGCGCUGGCAGGCGCAGGUGGGACUGGGGCAGGUGGCACCCCCGUGGCUGGCUCUGCUAGCUCCGGUGCUGCCGAGCCUGCUCUGACCCCGGACGUGCUCCAGGCUAUGGCAACCCUAGAGCAGGCUCUAGAGUCGCUUCGUGCCCGCACCUCUGCUGCCCUCUCUGCUGCUGCUCACGGCGGCGGACCAGGAGGAGGCAUGUACCCCGGACAGCAGUAUGGUCACGCCUAUCCUGCCCCUCUGCCUCCCCACCCUGCCUAUGGUUCUGUGCCUGGGUAUGGGCCAGUGGUGGGGGGAAAGGGUGGCAGGUUCGUGGGAGCUCCUGUGGGGAAUCCUCAGCUGCUGCCGUAUUAUGCCGCGCCGUUCCCGGCCAAUGAGAUGCAGCGGUUCGCUGGUCCAGUUCCUGUGGUUGGGAGGAUGGACGGUAUUGAUUCUAUUUCCCAACCUCCCGCUCGCCUCGAGACAUGGAAGGCGGAGGGGGGGGUGGCGGAGGCCGUGAGUGGCGCCCGCGGGGAGGCGGCGGCGGAGGGGGAAGGCAAGGACGGGGAGGCGGAAGGAAGGGUGGCGGGGGGGCUUCUGGGGGAGAUAGUUGGGGCGACGGCGCGACGACAGGCAGAGGGGGAACAGGCGGAAGGGGCGACGGGGAUGGUUGGGGUGGCGGAGGGAGAGGGGGGCGUGGCGGAAGUGGCGGAAGGUAUGGGGGAGGGGAUCAGCGCGGCUGGCGGGGGGACGGCGGAGGCGGAAGGCAAGGGCGGGGAGGCGGAGGGUUUGGCGGAAGAUGGGGCGGAGGGGGCGGACGAGGGGGAAUGA